AUGUCACAUCGCGGUAGUCCGCCUCCGUUACCGCCAUGGGGAAAUGCUUUAGCGGGCGCGAGUGGUGCCGUGUUUGCAAAUGCUCUUGUCUACCCUCUGGAUAUAGUCAAAACCCGCAUACAAGUGCAAGUCAAGCAAAAAGACACCGAGCUUCUUUCGCCGACUGUCAAUGAGGCUCACUAUAAAUCGACACUAGAUGCUGUCAGGAAAAUUGCCCAGGAUGAGGGGCUGGCUGGGCUGUAUGCUGGCUUCAACAGCUCCUUGAUUGGUGUUGCAUCUACCAAUUUUGCUUAUUUCUAUUGGUACUCUGUCGUCCGAGCGCUUUAUAUCUCGACUCGGAAGUUGGCGAAUCCUCCCGACACCCCGACCGAGCUUGCCUUGGGGGCAGCUGCAGGAGCCCUUGCUCAGGUCUUCACGAUACCAGUCUCCGUGAUUACCACCCGGCAACAGACACAGCCCAAGGGCGAUAAACGGGGCCUCGUAGAUACUGGGAAAGAAGUCUUGUACGGUGAGGAUGGGUGGACUGGAUUGUGGAGAGGCUUAAAGGCAAGCUUGGUACUUGUGGUCAACCCAGCAAUUACAUAUGGGGCUUAUCAGAGACUGAGGUCUUUGUUUUUCGCUAAUAAGGCCAGACUCCGCCCAUGGGAGUCAUUCUUCCUCGGUGCUGCUUCAAAAGCCCUCGCUACGAUUGUCACCCAGCCUUUGAUCGUUGCAAAGGUUGGGCUACAGUCGAGACCACCGCCAGCUAAAAGAGAUCGACCUUUCAAGACGUUUGUGGAGGUGAUGCAAUACAUUGUUGAGCACGAAGGACCGCUGGCGUUAUUCAAGGGACUUGGCCCACAGAUCACGAAGGGAAUCUUGGUUCAAGGCCUUCUGAUGAUGACCAAGGAGAGGUAA